AUGAGCGGUACAAGCAGUCGAGCUGGUGAAAGACGACGACGGCGAAGUGGAGAAGCUGGUCGUCAAGACAAGCUCAAAGGCAGGGGUGGGGGCCAAGAGCGAUGCAGAUCAGGGAACAGGGCUGAUGACGAUGCCAGAAUCAAUGAUGAUUGCGGCAGUAAUAUCAAUCGCCAGACAACGGAGACGGAAACAAGGAGGAGCAGCAGGCAAAGGACGAAGCGUGCAUUGGGCAUCACCAAACGCAAAGCCAAAGGUCAAAAUCGAGCUGCACGAGAAUCAGCCUUGACUCAGACCCAGGCUCAGGCACGACGACAAGCAAACGCCCAAGUGACCAGAAGUUGCAGGCAAAGAAUUACGACCACGAGCUGCCCAAGCCGACCUGGGGAGAGCAGAGGAACAAGAAAUGCAGAUGCAUUUUCACCUACCGCCACUGUCGUCUCCGCAGACAAGGAUGGACAAGCCCCUUUGUCGUGUGCUGGUCUUGGUGCUCAUUCGACUGUCGCCAUGUGCCACGACAGCAACACGGGCGAUGCAUCACCAGAGCAAUCUGGCGCGCAAGGCGAUGAUGCAUGUCUGGUCGAGCAUGUCACUGCGCCGCAGAUUUGGUAUGCGACUACAGGUGCUGACGCAGAGGCUGACACAGAAGGAGAAGCAGAAGCCGGUGAAGAUGACGGCGCUGACAUAGCUGGAGACGGGACUGGAGACGAAGAAGCUUCCGCGGGCAGCCACCAGCCGACAACGAGGAGUUAUCGUGAAGGCAGUUCAGACAGUUCGCCGGCGGGAGGAGAUGCAGCGGAGAGGGAUCAACAUAGCAGCUCACAGACAAGAGUUGGGGUCCCAGUGGUUAGCAAAGAAAGUGGCGCAGCGUUACUUGACGUGGACAGAGAAGGAAGUUAUCGUGGCGUCCAGAAAGCCAAACCUAAGUCAGACUUGCAUGCUGCCCUGAACCCCUUAGACCACAAGAAAGCCGGUGGGCGUCGAAGCAAUGGGCAUGCAAAGCCGGCUUUGCGACAGAGCAAGGACAGGGCUGACCAGAAGUUGGCUGUUGGAUUGGCCACGGCAGCAAGGGCAGCUGAAGUCGAUAUGCAGCCGAAGCAGAAGCAGAAGCAGACACAGACGCGGGCGCAGAAACCGGAGCCAGGUGAGGCAAGGCAACGAAUACCAGCCGAACGGGCUUCACGAGGCGGUGAUGGCGUAGAUGCGGCAGGAGAUGCGGCUGGAGGAGGAAAAGAAGCUGGAAGAGAUGGACCAGAAACAAAAACGAGUGGACUUGAUGCAGCCCAGAGCAAGGAUGAUGCUGGGCUGAUGCUGCAGCUAAAUGGCAGGGACAAUGAUUCUGGAUGUCGCUGGGAGGAGGAGAAGGCAUCCAGAUGUCUGCAUGGAAGCACAUGUAGAAGCGGUGCACCCUACUCACAUGCCCAAGUGCAUGCACAAUGCACGCCGACAGACAUGGGCACGGACAUGGACACAGACAUGGAGAUAAUGAUGGGGAUUGGGACGGAGAUGGACAUGGAGAGAGAGAGAGAAAAGGCGCCAAAAGUCGACGCCAUUCGGCACCCUCGAGCCUGGACCCGUUGUGAUUCUCAAUCCAUGGACCCUGAGUCAUCCUCGAGAUGUGAUUGGACGAAGUCUUUGCGGAACGACCAUUCCGGUCAAUUGCAUGUCACACCCCGGGCCUCUGCAUCGGUUAACGCUUUGGUGGGCCAUGUUUCUGCCUCCAAGUCUCAAGCUGACUCUUCCCUGUCAGUCUCAACGACUUGCCAGGGCGCGUGUGGCGCUGAGCUUCGGAUAAUCCAACGAGCAAUUGACGCCGAGACAAGCGCCGCUGUUCACAUUCACAUGCAGGGUCCUAGGCUGGACCCUGAUAGUGAUGGUGAUGCCAGUGCUGGUGCUGGUGUUGGUGCUGAUACUGAUUCUGAUACUGAUGCUACAUGUACUUGUACAACUACGAGAACUCAAUCUCAACAACCACUUCCACAUCCACAAUCACCACCACCACCACAACUUCCCCAACUUCCACCACCUGUGCCAUCACCACUACCACAGCCAGACCAUCAACCGGACUCCAUUCGUCACCCCUCAGCCCCUCCAGCCGUUCCGAGCCAAGAUCCGCCACAGAGCCUCCAACCACAACUCCAACUUCAACCCGAUCCGACUCCGGCACCACCACUCAGGUCGGGAUUAAACCCGACAACGACUGGAUUGCCAUCACAGGCAUUUCCACAGCCGUCGUCAUCAUCACCUAAAGCACCAUCACCAUCACCAUCAUCACACAAUGCAUGUCGCGGCAGCUCCCCUACCCAACCCCAUAGCUCUGGCGACUGCAGAGACGCGUUGGCAGCCACUGCAGAACAUGAACCAAAUUGGCCUGUACCUUCUCCAGGACUCGCCACCAACAGGUUGAGAAGUGCAACCCCAAGCCCACGUACGAUUCAAGACCAUCAGCGAAGCGAAGCCAGUGCCGUCACAGAACGCACUACGGCGAAUGAGGAAACCACAUUCCUGGGACAUCCAAGCCGUUGUGCCACAUCCCAGAGCCCUGGUAACGCAGCUUCUGCCCCAGUGUCGACCACAAACCCACCAGUCUCAGCCCCUUCACCAGCAACAUCUGUGUCCGAAGCGCCCACCAGCCAGCCACCAGCUGUACAGAAGCACAAUUCUCCAUUGGAACAAUCGGGUGCAUUGUUGCCCCGUGGUUCGGGUGACCAUGAACUUCCUAAAACGCAAGGCCCUUCCCCAGGGCCGCAGCCACAGCCACAACCCAUGAUUGACGAAUUCCCCGAACAAUUGGUGUUGGAUGGCGUCAGUGCUACGAUAAAGCUCGAGAAAUUUGAUAAGCGUGGAUUCAUGGACAUCUACACCGCAUUUGUACCGGUCAUCCCCUGGUAUGAUUACAACCCAGAGGACAAUGACAAUCCAAACGGCCACGCCAAACCAAAGUUUGAGUGGCUACCUGAUGAUGAUGAUGAAGAUGAUGAUGAUGAUGAACAGAACAAGAAACAAAAGAGGGAAAAGAAGAGGGAGCAGAAGAUGAAAUUUACCCAGGUUGUAUUUGCACAGUAUCAAUUGUUUUCUACCAGUAAGGAGAGACUCUCUCAAAAACGCUUUGACGAACUGAUAUCGUUAAUGGGAGAGUGGAUGGCCACAACGUUCAGCUAUCUGGACAUGUCCAACGGAAUAUACUGGGACGAGGACAAGGAGGAGUGGAUGUCUCUUCCUGAAGGUCAACGGUGGCCUGGUCCAGACGCACAAGGGACCUUGUGA